GUUUAUUGUAUUUAAGUCGUCGCCGAAGCUGGGGAGACCAACUUCAGAAACGUCAGCGAGGGGAGCAAGAGAGGACCACCUGGUUUCGAAAGAAUAUCUCAAACAGAACUGAAGAUGAAGACCGCCCUUUUUGUGGUUUGUUGUAUACUGGCUGUGGAAUCAAUUCAAGGUCACACUUGGUCGGCUUGGUAUGACCGCGAUAACCCAUCAGGUACGGGAGACUGGGAGACACUGAGUAGUCAAAAGAAACUAGGCUACGUCUGUGGCGGCUGUAAACCGAUCGCUGCGGAAUGCCGGGUGAAGGGAUCUGCAAGCGUGUUCACCCGUUGGACUGGAUCGGCGCCGGAUACCCUGGCCGUUCGUUGCUUACCGACAGCGGGCGUGGUGUGCAAAAACACUGACCAACCCGGAGGUGCUUUGUGCAGUGACUACGAGAUCAGAUAUCUGUGUCCGUCUACAGCCUCUACCUGGACGCAAUUCAAGGACAGAGAUAAUCCUUCUGGGACCGGGGACUGGGAAAACGUAUCGGCGUUUAGGAACAGAGAUGGCGACAACAUCUGCAAUGGCAUUCGCCCAAUGUGUACCCAAUGCCGUGACACAUCUAACCUAAACGCCUACUACACUACUGGAGAUGCAUUCAAUACCGGUUACGAUUGCAACUGGGAGAACGGUCUAGUCUGUACUACAGAGGUGAACACAGAAGUAUGCAAGGAUUACGAUGUCAGGUUCAAGUGCCCAAACAUAGGUACCUGUACAUCAUGCGCACGAUGGACGUCCUGGAAGAACCGAGACUAUCCCUCCGCUACCGGUGACUGGGAGCACGUUGGAGCCUCUGGACACAACCCGUGUUCCAGUAAAGAGCCAAUUGACAUCCAAUGCCGCGUCCGGGGAACCAAUCAGAACUGGAGCGACGCCGGUCAAGAGCUCAAAACCAAAUGCACUCCCUCUGAGGGACUCGUCUGCCUCAAUGCUGACCAAACUUCCGGACAGUCCUGCUUGAACUACGAGGUUCGCUUCUUGUGUCCUUAGUUCGCCUCAAAAUGAUCCAUUGGUUUGGUACCGUUACUUUGUACAGACCAAUGAGCCGACACUGCCCUUCUUGCAACUGUGUGGGACGUUGGAGUGGGUCAGAUUGUUGGAAGGUGUUGAGGGUUUGAUUUUCUGCUACAGCUAGACGCAAUAAUGCUUCGAUUAAGAAAUAUAAAACAGUUACAGGCCAUUUAUAGUAUAAGGUCUUAUUAACCUUAUUUUAAACAUUAUCUCACUCUUUAGAGCUGGUGGCGAAAAAUUGUUGGACAGUUUAGUUUUAAAUGAUUAAGUUUUGUCAUUGGGAAUUCGGGGACUUUUGGGGACCAAAAUGCAUUACAGAGGAAAGCUUCAUUUAAGACCAUAAUUUACUAGUCAGAGUUAAAUCACAAGAAUGCACAGUAAUUUUGAUAACACUGAGAUCGUACUGCGCAAUAUUGCUUUAUACUGCAUGGUCUAUUUGAAUACUUGGAAAAAGCCACAAAAUAAUCUACUAACACGAGGUUCGGUUUCCGUGCUAUUGGGUGGUGGUUUCGUAAUUUUGGAUUGGACUGACUGUUCACUAUAAUGGCAAUAAAUUGAAUCCGAUUAUGUUAA